AUGGCUGAGCUGCAGCGAAAGGCAUUUGCCCCGAGUCGUGAUGAUCGGAAUGCUGAGGAUAAUCAGCUGUACACGAACGUACUGCACAACGCAGUGAAGAAACACCAGGAGACUUUUGUAGAGAUCCAGUCGGCCAUGACCGGCUACGCAGCUUGUGUACGUAAUAUCCAAGCUGGAAGUAUUAUUCAGCGAACGAUCAUCUUAGACAAAGACGAGCAGUCCAGACGACACACGUUACGUGCUAUGAAAGCUCUAAAGCUACAAGAUGCACGUGACUUCCUCAAUAGAAGACUCUCCCAUUUAAACCCGCUCAAGUCGAUGUCAGAAGACUAUCGAUUUGAGAACGAGAGUGGCGAUUACUGGGCUGUCCGCUUCGCCACGUCCCAAUUCGAACCUGCGAAAAGCGCUAAGCAAGUGUUCGAUCUGGUGGUGUAUAGCUUGUGCAACAUCGAGAUCAGUGUCUCCGAGAAAAUCGGCCACCUCACAGUUCGCGAGGACGACGACAACGGAGAGGAAGGGAUCACUCAAAACCGUCUGUCAUCCAUGACUGGCAAAGGGCUGCACAUGGAGUCCAACACUGUCGUCUUCUCCGAGUAUGUCAGUGCAGGCCCAGAGGAUCAAGAUGGCCGUGGACUUAUCGUCGCUGACUUUGUGGACGAAGACGAGCGUCACCCGUACAGACCAUCAGAACGUAUUCGUAAGGACGUGAAUACUGUCAUGGAAAAAGUUGUGGUACUUACGCGAUGGUCGCACUCUCGUCUCCGUCAUCCGAGCUUCCGUGUCCGGAAGGAUGGAUGGCACGAGCUGCGUGAGAAUAUGGACCGCUGGAGUCAGAAUAUGCACGAGACGAUCAGAGAGAGCUUGGAUCCAAACAAUGGCUGCUCACCGACAUGGAGACUCUAA